AUCAUUAGAGUUGUAAGAACAUCACCUGCACGAAUCCUUGACACGACGACAGGGCAAACAUGAAUCUUGACCUUCACGAGUUCUUCCAUGGAUGUCGCUUCAACGGCCAAAUAAUCCAAUAAAUCAGGUCUGCAAGGAAACCACACCUGGUAGCUCCAUUCCAAGACAGCAAGGGAACCCUACAUACAAUCAUGGCAGAAGACAAUCCCAGCCCCGAGCAGGAUGGGGAGAACCAAGACAGCAAGAACAAGAAGCCUACCAGCAAGGAGAGGCUUACCGAGGAGAUCAAGAAGCGCGUCGAAGAGAGCAAAGAGCUGCAGCAAAAAUCAAUCGAACUGCACAAACAGGCCGACGAGAUUGAAGACCAGGACAAGGCAGCAGACCUGCACCACGAGGCGGCGCAGCUCGACAAGAAGGCCGCGACGCUGCUCAAGACGGCGCGGAGGCUCGAGACUGGCUGGAUGCAGGGCGGCGCGACGGGGGGAGGGAUUGGAGCAGGCAUUGCCGGCGGCUUGGGCACGGUGAUUGGGUCAGUGGUCGGCGGCGUGGUGGCGAUACCUACGACCGGGCUGGGGAUAUUGAUCGGUGCUGGGACCGGCCUGGUUCACGGACCUUGGGUCAAGUUUACGGACAAGUUUACAAAGGAUGACGAAGAUGAGAUGGAGCGGAAUGCGGAGGCGGAUGCGCAGUCAUUAAUCAAUGUCGGUCCAGAUCCGGUCAAGGAGGAGCAGGCGGAGAAGAAGAGCGAUGCGGCAUGAUCGAUUGGCACAGACUGAGUAUGACUUAACGGUCUUGAGCAUA